GCCUCCACUCAGUGGUGUGUCCCGGUGCAGACAUGACGGCGGUGGGAGGACUGCUGCUGGUUCUGGGUUUACUGGUGAGCGCUCGUUGUGAGGUGAGGGCUCGAGACCCCGAGGUGGAGGAAGAGGAGGAGGAGCUGCGAGGAAGAGGAGGGGGUGGAGGAGGAGGAGGAGGAGGAGGAGGAGGAAGGGGCGCGUUCCCUCCUCACCACAGGGCGACCGAGGCCGACCCACUAGGAGAGACGGGGAGUAACCCGGGCCGAUCCGGAAACUGGUGUACAUUCGUUCAGAGGCGCCAGGUGACGAAGGUCGUGGCACAUGGAACAGAGACGUACAUCGUCAGAUCUACUAGUCCAUGUCCGAACGGAAAGCCAGACUGUCACCUGAACCUCUAUAAAGUGUCGACGCGGCCGAGCUACAGGCAGGAGCUGCAGACUGUCACCGCUCUACUGUGGCACUGCUGUCCAGGACACGGAGGACACAACUGUGAGGACACAGUUGCUGAUAUUCAGCCUCAGCAGCAGAGCGUCGACCCGGACCGCGAGCAGAACGACCACCAUGUGCUGGUCAGCCCGUCGUACGACAGCCAGCCCCCCACCCCCCAGAACCCAGGCUACAACUACAAGUCCCAUCAAAACCAACAUCAAGCCACAAACUCAUUCAACCUGCACCAACAACAUCAUCACGACCACCAGCUGCACAAACAGCAGCUUCCUGGUGAAGAUGAGCUGCAUCCCGACUUCUCAUACCAGGAAGCGGCUCCUGUCCUCCCGGUCCCCCACAUGAUGGCCCUGGUCAUGUCCCAGCUGACACCGGUCCUGGAGGGCUUCAACCGCUCUCUGGACCACCUGAGCCGGCAGGUGGAGGACCUGAGCCGUGACGUGGCCCAGCUGAAGAGCAGCCGGCCGACGGUGGCGCCGUGGCCUGAGAGUCUGGAAGCAGAGGAGGAGCCCCUGGACGCCAAACUGGGCCAAGUGUUGCAGGACAUCAGGGAUGUCCAGAGGAAGGUGGAGAGCCAGUGGGCCGACAUGGAAAACAGGCUGCAUUCCCAGCAUACAAUGCUGCACUACAACCUGACCAGUUUCAAGAUGGAUGUUGACAUGAAGCUGAAACGGCAGCAGAAGAUGCUGCAGGUCAGUCUGCAGACCGUGAACACCACGCUGACACAGCUGAAGUCGGACCAGGAUCAGAUCACCGAGGAGGCCCUGGACCACCCCCCGGCUGCUCCCCCCAUCCAGCUGUCACCCCCCUCAGACACAGCGGCGCUCUGGGAGGCCAUCGCUCGUCUGGACAACAUGGUGGUCAACAACACAGUGAAGGUGAGCGGGCUGAUGGAGGACGUGGAGGUGGCGUCCGGUGGCAUCCAGCGGCUGACGCAUCAUGUGAAGGAGCUGGAGAAGGAGAUUAACCAGACGGCCCGGCAGAGCCAGAUCUUCUUCAUGGAGACGGGGCUGGAGGUGGAGGCUGGUACGGUGACGGUGCUGAGGCGGGUGGAGGAGCUGGAGGCGAACCAGAUGCAGAAGGAGCAGCGGCUGAAGGAGAUGGACUCGGACCUGGACUACGUCUGGGAAGUCCUCUACAAACGCAACUCGUCCACGGACUGCGACUGCAGGGGCCUGACGGACGCCGUGGCUCGUCUGGAGAGGGGCGUGGCCAAUGUGACGAAGCUGGCCAAUGAGAACAGAGUGGCCCUGGAGGAGAACAGCGAGGGGGCGUGGCAUUGGGAUGGAGCCAGCGAAUGGAAGCCGGCGGUGCAGGCACUCGAAGAUGAUCUAGAGCAGGUGAAGGAGUCUCUGGUGCUGGAGCAGGGCAGCGUCAUGAACCUGACCUCCGUCCUGGAUCAGCUGAGCAGGACUCUGUCCGGCCUGGAGGAGGAGGAUGAAAGGCUGGAGGCGGAGAUGAAGCUCCUGUCCAUCUCCUUCAAGUCUCUGCUCAAAGACGCCGCCCGUCACAGCGUUGUGCUGGGGCUGCUGCUGGGGGAGGAGGUGCUGGAGUUCCUGGAGUGGCCCGACCAGGACCAGGAGGAGCACUCCAUCCCGGCCCUGAAGGAGCAGCUGAGGCAGAUUCAGGAGCAGCUGAGGGGACGAGACCUCGGCGAGACAGGAGGUGCAGAGGAGGUUCCAUCCGCUGACCAACCUUCCUUCUCCUCCUUCUCCUCCUCCUCCCACCCAGAUGACUGGCUGUCCGGAGGCAUGAGGAGGAGCAGCGAGGGAGUUCCAGCAAGGGAGCGACAGCUGCUCCUUCGUCCUGGGUUGAGUCAGCUCGGAGGAGACGGCAGCGACCUGUGGAACCUGGAGAAAACCGUGGAGAAGCUGGAGCAGAGGCUGGUCCAGCUGGAGGAGAAACCCUGUCCCUGCCCCAACACCUCCACUCAGAGGGAGGAGCCCCCUGUGGGCGUGGAGGCCAAACUGCAGGCGGAGGUGUUGUGGCUGAAGAGAGGGCUGGAGGAGCAUCUGAGGGUGUUCAAGAACGUCUUCAGUAACGCUGACGUGUUGGCCAGAUCGGACACAACGCUGGAGCUCGACAAACUGUGGCAGCUGCUGAAGAACAGGGAGAGGAAGGAGAAGAAGAAGAGAGGAGGACGGGAGGAGGCCGGGAGAGAAGGAGGCAGCAGCAGCAGCAGGAGGAGGAGGAGGAGGGAUUCGUCAGGUGUUCCCGCCCUGUCCGGCCAAUCAGGAGGCUCGCUGCUGUUUGUGGCUGCAUCUCCUCUGAGUGUCUCUGACAACGUCCUUGUCUUCCAGUCGUCUUUGAACCGUCAGGUUUACUCAGACUUGGGCGUCGUCACAGCUCCGACUGACGGCGUCUACCUGUUCAUCCUCACCCUGCACCUGAGGCCCGGCCCCGCCCACGUGGUCCUGAGGCGGGGGGAGGAGGGCGGGGCUUUGGUGUCUCUGUAUCAUCAGGAAGUGACGGAGGAGGGACCCAUCACUGGUGUGGGCCUCCUGCUGCUGAGGGAGGGGGAGGAGCUUAGUCUGGAACUGAGGAGAGGAGAGUGGGCGGAGUCAGAAGAAAACGUGUUUGCUGGGCUGCUGCUGCACUGAACCACCUGAGGGCGCUGUGGACCAAUCAGCUGACGGCUGAGGAGAGAUCAGAGGCAGCUUGAAGAACAGGUGUGAUCUGAUCUGUGUUCUGGGACGAUAGAGACCACGAGUUAUAGCUCAUUCACUCAGACAAAAACAGACCAACAUUACUCACUUACGUUGUCUUUAAUUAAUCAGACUGUGAAGGUAAGCUAGGUAGAGAUCCAUUAGAGCACAGGUGUCAAACAGACUGGACCUUCUGAGGAUUGAUUUGCAAAGUUAACUGCAAUUGUUCCGAUUAAAGUGUCUGUGGUUCCAAGGUUUCACAGUUUUGAAACCUGAGGCUGAAAUGUUCCAUGUGUUUUUUUAGUUCACUUCUUUAAAUGUAAACGCGUUCAUAAUGUUCUUCUUUUCACUGAAACAAAGGGAAACACGUGAAGCUGUUGUCUUUCAUAUUUUAAUACGCUGUUGUGUUCCUGGUCCGGCCCCUUGAGAUCAAACUGGGCUGAACGUGGCCCCUGAACUAGAAUGAGCUUGACACCUGUGGAUUAGAGACAGCAGCUGUUCCAAUAUUCUCCUGACCACAUGAUGGCGCUGGUUGCUGUUUAUUCCCACAUGUGCUUCAAGCUGAUCAGGUCACCAGGACUCAUGUUGACACCAGGUCUGAACUGAACCUCAGUGUCACAUGCUGGUUUCCAUUAGUCCUAGAAAUGCACAAAACCAAGACGCAUCGAUUUAAAAGUGGAAACACUUUAUUUCACGUUUCCCCGCAGAUUAUGCAGGGGGUCAUGUGACCAGUUCAUCUGAAUCCAUCGUGAUUAUGGGAUAUGAGCAGACGAGACUUUACCAGAGUUACAGCACCUUUCAGAGGAGACACAGAGACACUGGACUUUAUCCACAUUUCAGAAACAUCACUUUUAUUUUGUGAGUGUAAGUGUGAUGGAAACAGCUACAGUUUGGUUUGUGUCCGAACAUAUUUGCUGAACUUUAGUUGUUUUUUAACGGUUCUGUCUGAGGAUCAAACACCAGCAGGAGGAAUACACUUCUUUACAUAUGUCACAUGAGGAAAAUAUUUGAAUGUAUUUUUAUAUUUUUUAUUUAUUAAAUCGGGACGCUUCACUGAGAUCAACAUAUACACACUCAGGAUACACUCCUGUUUCUAUCUUUGUGAGGACCUUUAACCCCUGACCCCUACCUUCACUUUUACAUAAAACCAAGUCUGAACAGGUUUAACCCUCAAAAAGUUGUAGGACCCAGAACUCAAUGGAAACAAGAAAACACACACACCUGUAGUUGAGAGAGUUGGAAUAUAAAGUGUGUUGAUGUGAUGUUGGUAAAAUCAUUAAAGAUUUAUGUGCCAUCAAUAAAGGAUUAUUUUAUCUGGA